AUGUCCAACCAGGAAUACAAAUUAUCAGAUGCCUCCGGCUUCAAUUCAAUCAAGUUACACAAGUCCUCGAUUCCUCAACCGGGUCCAGGCGAAGUUCAGAUUAAGUUUCAUGCCUGCUCGCUCAACUAUAGAGAUCUGGUCAUCAGUCGAGGAGAAUACCCAUUAACAGUGAAACCAGGAACCGUUCCAGCAUCCGAUGGAGCAGGAGAAGUUACAGCUGUUGGUGAAGGAGUUAAACAUCUAAAGGUUGGCGAUCGAGUAUCACCCAAUUUUAAUCAAGAUCACAUUGGAGGACAUCUUACAGAAGAAGCAUUUGUAUCAACUCUUGGAGGCGGUCUUGACGGUUGUCUUCGUCAGUACGGUGUCUUCCGAGCUAUCAGCUGCGUCAAGAUUCCCUCCACGCUCUCCUACGAGGAAGCCGCUACAUUACCUUGCGCAGCACUGACAGCAUGGAAUGCUCUUUAUGGUGUUCCAGACAAGGCAUUACAACCAGGUCAAACCGUUCUCGUACAAGGCACCGGUGGAGUUAGUAUCUUUGGUGCACAAUUUGCAUUAGCAGCCGGUGCAAAAGUCAUUAUUACUUCAUCAUCUAACGAUAAAAUCGCUACAGUCAAGAAGUACCUCGGCGAAAAGAACAUUUCGACGAUCAAUUAUUCUGAAACUCCAGAAUGGGGUAAGAAAGCUAAAGAAAUCACUGGUGGUAGAGGAGUAGAUCAUAUUCUUGAAGUCGGUGGUGAGAAGACAUUGAAACAAUCAUUUGAAGCUCUUGCAUUCGAUGGUUCGAUCGACCUCAUUGGCUUCCUUGGUCAUGGAGGCGCUUCCACCAUGAGUGGAGCAGAGGUUUGUAUGGGAAUAUUGUUGAAGAAUGCAUGUAUUCGUGCAGUUCUGAUUGGUAGUGUCAUGCAAUUCAAUGCUAUGAAUGCCGCGAUUGAGACACAUCAGAUUAAACCACUUGUUGACAAGGUGUUUGAGUUUGAAGAUUUGAAGAGUGCUUACGAUUAUCAAUGGUCGCAGCAGCAUGUCGGAAAAGUAGUUGUCAAGGUGUCGAAUUGA